ACUGGCAAAUUGGCAGACAAACUGGCAGACUGUUUCGAACCAGCAGCAAUAACAACCACAACAACAAUAACAACAGUAAUAAUAGCAACAAUAAAAAUAACAGUAACAACAGCAGCAAUAUCAACAUUAACAACAAUAACAGCAAUAACGAUAACAACAACAAUAACAGUGGCAAUAGCAAUAAUAGCAACAACACCAAUUGUUGCAUGA